CGUAAUGACGUAUACGGAAGUAGUAGCAUCGGCCAUGCCAAAACAUUUAGAACCAGGGGCAUUUGGACCUAAACGGAUUAAAACCUAACUUUAGACCAGGACCACAAAGAAAACUAAAUAUCAGUUUAAUAUAUGCUAAUUAGGAGAAAUCGAUUGACCUAACUCUGAUUGAAACAACAUAUUGAAAGAGGAAAUGUCUAUUUUUCCAAAAAUAGCUCUGAAGCCUGAAGUCACUGAGUAUCUAAAGAGUGUCUUCUUAAACAAUGAGGUGUUGGCUGCAGUGGGUCAUCAGGAGGCAGAAAGUCGUUUCCAAAACCUGCUCGCUUGUCUGUCACAUCCUCCCUCGCACACAUGUGUUCGGGCCAGCACUCAUCUCUCCUCCCUGGAGGAUAUCCAACACAAACUGGGAGAAGAACUAAGAAAGCAGCAGAUGUGCAGUUCAUCAACAGUCUCCCAGCAGAUUCUUCCGCAUCCACAAAUUCCAGAUGUGCUGCUCCUUCCUGUUGAUGGCCCGAGACCUGUGAAGCAGCUCAGUUCAGGGGUGGUGGUGGGGGCUCAGUGUGGCAGUGCUGUUCUCAGAGGGGCUCAUGUCUUUGCCCCAGGGAUUGUUGCCAGCCCUAAGUACAUGAAGGCCGGAGAUGUGGUUUCUGUCUUCUCUGACCUGGAGGGAAAGUGCACUCGAGGAGCCACAAGCUUCCAGGGCAAGAAGGUGUUUGUGGGAAACGGAGUUGCUGAAAUUGACCGUUCCAACAUUUUCUGCACAGACAAACCUGUCAAAGGUGUUGGUGUUCGGAUGUUGGAGCCGCUUUAUCAGAGUCCUUCAUUCGAUGGUGUUCUACCCAGCCUUGUGUUCCUACAGAACCUGCCCUCUGUGGUUGUGGGACAUGUGCUCGGGCCUCGGCCUGGAGAACGUAUCCUUGAUAUGUGUGCUGCACCUGGAGGGAAGACCUGCCACAUUGCUGCACUCAUGAGGGAUCAGGGCGAGGUUGUGGCCUUGGACAGGAUCAAAAAUAAGAUUGAUCAAAUCCAUCAAAAUGCCCAGAUGUUUGAUUUGCACAGCAUCAAAGCGUUUUGCUUUAAUAGCACUCAGGCCGUGAGCGGUGAUCCAGCUCAAAAAUCUGAAGGACCUCCCUUCCCUCCUGAGAGUUUUGACCGGGUCCUGUUGGAUGCUCCCUGUAGCGGCCUCGGACAGAGACCCAGCAUGGCCAACACCUGCAGCCGUAAGGAGAUCUGCUCGUAUCAGCCUCUGCAGCGCAAGCUAUUCCACGCUGCAGUGAAGCUGCUCAAGAAAGGUGGGGUUUUGGUGUACAGCACCUGCACAGUGACUCUAGCAGAGAAUGAGGAGCAGGUAGCCUGGGCCCUCGAUACCUUCCCCUGCCUCACGCUUCAGCCUCAGGAGCCUCACAUUGGUGCAGAGGGCAUGCUGGGAGCCGGGCUGUCACCUGAGCAGCUGCGUCUCCUCCAGAGAUUCAGUCCCGAGCUGAGCUGGGAGCGGACAGACAUGACGGCUCCUCUCCCCUGCAGAGCCAACAUGGACACCAUUGGCUUUUUCAUCGCAAAGUUUCUUAAAAACUGACCGUAGGGUUUUUACUUACAGCCCCCACUUGAGACUGUAGACGGGAACAAUAGUGUUUGGAUUAUGACACUCUGUGGGCUUUGAUGGGCCAGUGUUGACAAAGACGCUGACUGUGCUGUUUAGAGCAUCUGCCUCUUUGCAGCUGCUCUCUAAAACUGCAGGCCAUAUACGGAUAAGCCCUAUAAACGCCGAGGGGCAGGAGAGAGAGAGAGAGAGAGAGAGAGAGAGAGAGAGAGAGAGAGAGGCAGAGGGAGGGUGGGGGGCGUGAGGGGAUGGAGACUGAAUGAGAAUUGGCAAAUGCAGCAGUGCCGGCGUCGCCAUAACAACCGUGACGACACAGCUGCCAUGGUGACGGUGAAUUCGGCGGAUCAGGAAGUAGCGUACAGAACGGGGUCAUGAGGUAUUAACAAUUUAGUGUCUCAGUAAAAGUGGAAACAAGAGGCUUCUAAUUAGUGUUUCUGCUGCACGUGCUGCAGUUGGACUCUGUACUGUGUUUUCAAAUUCAUAAAGUACUUUCGAGUUGUG